GUCACUGCUGCCGCAGCCGCCUGGAGAGUCCCCGAUCAUUAUGUUGGUCAGUAACCCCCAGGGCCCUGCACUAUAAUGCACAGAUGGAUACUGACAUGGAUCCUGCCAAGUUUGCUCUACCCCCUGUGCUUUCCCAUUGUGUGUCUAGCGGGCACUCUGUCUGUAGCUUGCAAUGACAUGACCCCGGAGCAAAUGGCCGCGCACCCCAACUGCUCUGGCCCCGAGCGCCACACCAGGAGCUACGAUUACAUGGAAGGGGGAGACGUCAGAGUCAGAAGACUUUUCUGUAGAACACAGUGGUAUCUGAGGAUUGAUAAACGAGGAAAAGUCAAAGGGACCCAAGACGGGAAAAAUAACUACAGCGUUCUGGAAAUCAGAACUGUGGCUGUUGGCAUAGUGGCCAUCAAAGGGGUGGAAAGCGAGUACUUUCUGGCAAUGAACAAGGAAGGAAAGCUCUAUGGAAAGAAAGUCUGCAAUGAGGACUGCAACUUCAAAGAACUCAUUCAAGAAAAUCAUUACAACACGUACGCGUCGGCGCAAUGGACACAUGAAGGUGGAAGAGAAAUGUUUGUUGCGUUAAGUCAAAAAGGUUCUCCUGUGAAGGGCAAAAGGACCAAGAAAGAGCAAAAGACAGCCCACUUCCUCCCCAUGGCAAUCACCUAAUCCCGCAUGCCAGGAGGAACAGUUCCAGCAGGAAGACUCCACUAAGACAGACUUUUCCAUGGACAAAGAAAGGCUGGAAUACUACUGAGACACUGAACAAGCUGGACUUGCGCCUUUAUCUUUAUCAUGAAAGACUGCAUUAAAGAAAGAUCAGAAAAUAUCUGCCAAAUCAGAUUUAGUUACUAAAAGUUGUAAAGAAUUAUAAAACACGUUGGACAAUUAUGUUAUUCAUAUUAGUAACUGGUUUCUCUCUUAAAUUAAUUUACCCUUAAGAGUUAGUCAUGAUGAUUAUCUGAUCACUUUUUAUUUAAAAAACAACAAACUAUCUGCUUGUUAAACAUGGCUGCUAUAAUAAUGAAGAAGCAGAUGAUGUAUGUACAAUGUGUCAGACUUUAAGGCUGCUGGAAUGAUCUGUCAGGUUAUCAAGUCAAUACUUCUUGUGGAAGUUGAGCAGAAUUGGAAAGAUUUCCCAGUGAAAAACUGCAGGUGGCAAAUUCAAAGCCAAGAGAAAACAGUUCUUGAGAAAGUUCUUGUAGUAUUCAACUAGAAAAGCUGGUUGGGAAGAUGAAGAGUGGACCACUAUAAAAAUGCUCACAAGUAUUACCAAAGACAAAUACCUAAUGCUGCUCAAUUUUAAAG